UGGGAGGGGCUUGCGUCGGGAAGGUCUUUUUGUUUGGGCCGCUCUCAGACUCGACACUCGCUUCAAUUCCUCUCGGUUCACAACCGUUUUUUAUCUGCAUUAUUUUCGGGUGUCUUUUAUGAAUAAUCAAAAGCAGCAAAAGCCAACGCUAACCGGCCAGCGUUUCAAAACGAGGAAAAGAGAUGAAAAGGAGAAAUUUGACCCUACUCAGUUCCAAGAAAGCAUCGUACAAGGCCUGAACCAGACCGGCUCUGACUUGGAGGCCGUGGCCAAGUUCCUCGACGCCUCCGGCGCCAAGCUCGACUACCGCCGCUAUGCCGAGACGCUGUUCGACAUCCUGGUGGCCGGCGGCAUGCUGGCCCCGGGCGGGACGCUGUCGGACGACAUGACGCGCACCGAGUUCUGCCUCUUCACGGCACAAGAAGACCUGGAGACCAUGCAGGCAUACGCUCAGGUGUUCAACAAGCUGAUCAGGCGCUACAAGUACCUGGAGAAAGGAUUCGAGGAGGAGAUCAAGAAGCUGCUGCUGUUCCUGAAAGGCUUCACCGAGUCGGAGCGGAACAAGCUGGCCAUGCUGACCGGCAUCCUGCUGGCCAACGGCAACAUAUCAGCCUCCAUCCUCAACAGCCUCUUCAACGAGAACCUCGUCAAGGAGGGAGUGUCGGCCGCCUUCGCCGUCAAGCUGUUCAAGUCCUGGAUCAACGAGAAGGACAUCAACUCCGUGGCCGCCAGCCUGAGGAAAGUGGGCAUGGACAACCGGCUCAUGGAGCUGUUUCCUGCCAACAAGCGGAGCUGUGAGCACUUCUCUAAGUACUUCACGGACGCCGGGCUGAAGGAGCUGUCGGACUUCGCCCGGAACCAGCAGUCCAUCGGCGCCCGCAAGGAGCUGCAGAAGGAGCUGCAGGAGCAGAUGUCGCACGGCGACCCGCAGAAGGAGAUCAUCGCCUUCGUGCGCGAGGAGAUGAAGAAGUCGAGCAUCUCGGAGCAGACCAUGAUCGGCAUCAUCUGGAGCAGCGUGAUGAGCUCGGUGGAGUGGAACAAGAAGGAGGAGCUGGUCACCGAACAAGCCAUCAAACACUUGAAGCAAUACAGCCCUCUGCUGAAGGCGUUCACCUCGCAGGGCCUGUCGGAGCUCAGCCUGCUGCUGAAGAUCCAGGAGUACUGCUACGACAACAUCCACUUCAUGAAGGCCUUCCAGAAGAUCGUGGUGCUGCUCUACAAAGCGGACGUCCUGAGCGAAGAGGCCAUCCUCAAGUGGUACGCCGAGGCCCACCUGGCCAAGGGGAAGAGCGUCUUCCUGGAGCAGAUGAAGAAGUUCGUGGAGUGGCUGAAGAACGCCGAGGAAGAGUCCGAAUCGGAGGAAGAGGAGGCGGAUUGAGUCCAACCGCCGCGAGAUUUCCUCCUUCUUCUUUGGUUUUUUUUUUUAAUUUGUUUUUCUUCUUCUGUUUUUUUUUUUUUAAGUAGCACCAGGAGCAGUAGACUCUCUUUCUUCUACCUCCUGUUAUUAUUAUUUUUUUUUUCUUGUUUUUCUUUUUUUUCCCCCUCCAACGCAGGACAAAAGGGCUCGGUCCUUCAGAAGCAGAAACCCCGCCCCCCCAAAACUCCUCCCCCCGUUUUUUUUUUCUUCUUUAUUUAAAACUUCUUCUUCGUUGGUAUUCUCGUCGUAACGCCUUCUGUAAUCUGGAUUCAAAGAAACAUUCCAUGUCGAUCUGGACGGGAAAAACCAGGAUUUGGAGAUUAUUUUUGAAAAUUUUUUAUUUUUUUUUGGCCCAGCUUCCUGUUCAGUCUUAAAAAUGGCCGCCUUUUUCUUCUUCUACUACUUUAUUUUUUUUUUUUGGUGAAAGCUGUACUGCCCGUCAUGGCCGCCGCCCUCCUCCCCCCUCGCCAGCCGAAUCAGUGGUUUCUACUUUCUUUAAUCUGAUAUUAAGAAGAAAAAAAAUAACAAUUUGACUUUUUUAUGAAAUAAAGAUUAUUGAAAUGA